GCUUAUUUAUUCCUAUAUAUACUCAGCUCCAGGGAAGCCAAAGUAUAAUAAGAACCAACACUAAGUAGCAGAGUUAAGGGGAGGAGAAAGAUACCUAGAUUACUACUUAAAAAAUGGGUGGUGGUGGACGAAUGUCGGAUCCCCCAAGCGGGAAGAAGACUGCAGCAGAAGCGCUGAAGCGCGCUCCACAUGAGAAGCCUCCAUUCACAAUUGGAGACUUGAAGAAAGCAAUCCCAGCUCAUUGCUUCGAGAAGUCUCUGGUCACCUCUUUCCGCUACCUUAUUCAGGAUCUCCUCAUGGCCUACGCUCUUUACUAUGUGGCCACCAACUACAUUGACCAGUAUCUUCCCAGCCCUCUUAAUUACGUGGCUUGGGCUGCUUACAUUGCCGUUCAAGGCUGUGUCCUCACCGGCGCUUGGGUCGUUGGGCACGAGUGCGACCACGAUGCUUUCAGUAAUUACAACUGGAUCAAUGACCUUGUUGGCCUCGUUGUCCACUCUUCUCUUUUGGUUCCAUACUUCUCCUGGAAAAUUAGUCACCGUCGUCACCAUGCAAACACUCAGUCCCUUGAAAAUGACGAGGUUUAUGUCCCCAGAUUCAAGUCCAAUAUCCGUAACUAUUACAAGUUGCUUAACAACCCACCUGGCCGAGUCCUUGUGUGGCUCACCACACUUCUCAUUGGUUUUCCAUUGUACUUGAUGUUCAAUGUGUCCGGACACAAAUACGAGAGGUGGACUUCCCACUACGAUCCUCACAGCCCACUCUACUCGGACCGUGAGCGCAAGGAAAUCAUUAUCUCUGAUAUUGCUAUUCUCGCUGUUAUUUACGGACUAUACCAACUCGUGUUGGCCAAGGGAUUUGCAUGGGUGUUCUGUGUCUAUGGAGGCCCAUUGCUCGUUGUUAAUGGCUGGUUCGUGCUCAUCACCAUAUUGAACCACACUCACCCAUCACUGCCAUACUAUGACUCCACCGAGUGGGACUGGUUGAGAGGAGCUCUUUGCACCGUGGACAGAGAUUACGGAAUCCUGAACAAGGUGUUCCACAACGUAUGCAAUGCUCAUGUCUGUCACCACAUUUUCUCCAUGAUUCCCCAUUAUCACGGACUGGAAGCCACAGAAGCAAUGAAGCCGAUUUUGGGAGAGUACUAUCAGUAUGAUGGAACUCCGAUCCUUAAAGCAAUGUACAGGGAAAUGAAGGAAUGCAUUUACGUGGAGAAAGAUGAAGGCGAGACUAAGGGAGUCUACUGGUACAGAAGCAAGUUCUGAAGCGAUGACUGAAACAGAAGAUAUAGACUGUGCUUCAUGAUCAUUCAAGUAGUUUUUGAUGUAUCAUGUAUCUGUUUUUAAGAUACAAAUCAAUUAAUAUCAUUGGUUUGUAUCCUUUGAACUGCCAGAUUAACAUCUGAGCCGCUUGUAUGAGAUUAUAUUGGCGGUUAGACUCCGUUAAUCAUGAUUAAUAAAACUCUCAUCUUCGAAUGUA